UUAUUCUUUUAUUUAUAAAGAAUUGCCAAAAGUUAUACUGUUAAACUAACGACUGUGAUAAGCGAUACAAUUAAAAAUGAAAACACGGUUUAGCUCUUACGAUAUCAUAUGUGGUAUCGCAGAGCUCCAAAGGUUAAUCGGCUUACGUGUAAACCAGAUAUAUGAUAUUGACAAUAAGACUUAUUUAUUUCGGCUUCAUGGAGGCGGAUCAUCGGAGAAGGUUACCUUAUUGAUUGAAUCUGGUACUCGCUUUCACACGACUUCAUUUGAGUGGCCAAAGAAUAUGGCACCUUCGGGAUUUUGCAUGAAGUUCAGGAAACACUUAAAAAAUAAACGGCUCGAGCAUAUAAACCAACUAGGGGCUGAUAGAAUAGUUGACUUUCAAUUUGGCAGUGGAGAAGCAGCUUAUCAUGUAUUUCUGGAGUUAUAUGAUCGUGGAAAUGUUAUUUUAACUGAUUAUGAGAAAACAAUACUAUACAUCUUACGUCCUCACAUGGAAGGGGAGAGUAUACGAUUUGCAGUGCGUGAAAAAUAUCCGGUCGAUCGGGCAAAAAUAGGAAAUUGUGAACUGAUGGAAAGCGAAAUGCGGGAAAUUAUAGAAAAUUCGAAUGAAGGGGAUAGCUUGAAACGCAUAUUAAUGCCAAUUCUAGACUGUGGCCCAGCUGUAAUUGAGCAUGUUCUUAUUGAACAUGGAUUAGAAAAUCACUUAAUAAAAGGUUCGGUGGAUCAAGAGAAAGGCCAAGACGAAUCAUCAAAAAAACAAAGCAAAAAAAAAAAUCGUAAAUGUUCAGAAAUAAAUCCAUCUGAUAUACAAUUUUUUGAUUUGGCAUCAGAUUUACCAACACUUAUGUUGGCUAUCAAGAGCGCCUAUGAUAUAAUGACGUUUUUUUUGAAUGGAAGCUCCAAAGGAUUUAUAAUUCAAGUUAAAGAAGAAAAACUUACAAAUGCUGAAAACACAGAACAUUUUUAUAGAAAUAUUGAGUUUCAUCCAUACCUGUUUUCUCAUUUUUUUUAACUACCGUUUAAGGAAUAUGAAACAUUCAUGGAGGCAGUUGAUGAAUUUUUUUUUUUUUUAGAGUCACAAAAAAUUGAUAUAAAAACAUUGCAGCAAGAAAGAGAAGCACUUAUUUUUUUUUCUAAUGUAAAAAAAGAUCAUACAAAGCGCCUAGAGGAACUUAAUAGGGUACAAGAUGAUGAUAAAAAAAAAGCAGAAUUAAUAACAUCUAAUCAGUGUUUAGUGGAUAAAGCUAUUUUAGCAAUCCAGUCAGCCAUAGCCAGUCAAUUAUCAUGGCCAGACAUACAAGAGCUUGUAAAAGAAGCCCAAGCCAAUGGAGAUAUUGUUGCAAGCUCGAUAAAACAGUUAAAGCUGGAUUUUUUUUACAUAUCAUUAUUACUUUCGGAUCCCUAUAAAAAUGAAAACGAAAAUGAUAAUGCUGAUUCGGUUAUAGUAGAUAUUGAUUUGGCCUUAUCCGCAUGGGCCAAUGCUCGCAGAUAUUAUGAUUUGAAGCGCUCGGCGGCCCUUAAAGAGAA